UUGUGAUAAGUGAGUUGUGUUGUUAAUUGUUGUUCUUUUGCUCACGUGCUUUCGUCUGGUGAUACUGCGUCACUAUAUUUAAUACGUUCAAUCGUAUUUCACACUGAUUCACAGUCAAUUCUUGGCUCUUGGUCAGUUAUUACUACAUAAUAUUUAUUUUACGUUGAUCUAAUUACAAUGGCCAAGAGUAUAAGGAGUAAGUGGCGCCGGAAGAUGAGGGCUAUCAAGCGGAUCAGAUAUGGCGUGAAGGAAUUGGACAGAUUGAAAAAGAUGCUGGUGAACGCCGGAGAAAUAGAAGUCAAGGAAACUGGUGAAAUUGAACACGUUUGUUUAGUCAAAGCUAAAAAUGAAGAAGCCGAAAAAAUUCAACUAGAGAAGGAAGAAAAAACUAAAGUGGAUAAAACUGUAGAACCAUUAAAGGAAACAACAAAAAAAGUUCAACACCCAACUUGGCUAAGGAAAAAGGAAUACAAAAAAUACAUAAGGAGUUAUAGAAAACAACAGUCAAUCAACGCUAAAAGAAUAAAAGGAUCUAUUAAAAAGAAAAGUAUUGCCGUAAAAAAAUUGUAAUUUUUGACCAUUUCAAGAAUAAAAUAUUUCUGUUUAAAGUUUA